AUGAAACCAUUACGACUGGGAGACCCUCAAGGAAAGGAGAUUCAACAGUGUCUUUAUUCACCUCAAAUGGAGAAGGGUACCUGCAUAUUCAACCAGACACUUGGAAGAUGUCACUGUCACUGUCAAGCCUUUUUCUUUGGAGAUAUAUGCUCCUUUGGAUUUAAUGACACCCCUGCACGUAUUGAUACUGAAGCAAUACCAACUCGAAAAGCAAAUCUUACUUUGAAAUUCGUCCACAUACAUUUUUUGGCGGCUUUUAAUGAUCUAAACUCACCUCAAUCAUUGGAAUUCAUCUCAACAUUGGAGCGUGAGCUUGAUGCCUUAUGCAAAGAAGCAGAUCCACAAACCUUUAAAAAAUUACAAGUCAUCAAGUUAAGACCAGGAAGUGUUGUUGCAGAGAGCUUGGCGGAGUACAUUUAUCCAAACAAUGAAACUCAAAUCCAGUUUGUCAACACUCAGCUUGAUGGGAUGUUGACAGAUAUCUUAAAUAACGCAAGAAAUCUCAAGAAGAUUUCUCAGGCCUUUAACAAUUCAGACGUACUGUUAAAUGGACUCACCUUUCAGACACCUGAGAUUACAAAUAUCACAGAUCUGGAGUAUUAUGUAAACUGCUCGCAGUUUGCUAAUUAUACUGCAGAGAUUGUAAAUGGUCGAUGGCAGUGUGUUGGACCUUGCAAAACAAACCCUGACUACUGUCAUCAACACGGAGAAUGUAGCAAUGACAUUCAAAAAGGGCCAACCUGUAGGUGUUACAAGUCUAGCCUUGAGCAGUUUUAUGGCUCACAGUGUGACCUCUUCCGUCACGGUCCAGGUUUCUACGGUGCACUGUUUGGAUCACUGGCAGCAGCACUUCUGCUCUUUAUUAUCGUUGUCAUUGCUGUCAUUGUCAAAAAGAGACAUACGGGCCUUUGGAAAAUAAGCAACUCUUAUAACCGAAGACUGUCUGCUUUUGAAGAAGAUUUCUUUGACUUCUCGAUCACAACAAAACGUCCAGAGGUUUGGAACAUCCUCAACCCAUGA